AUGUCACAGGGUCCUGCAGUACACCUGUACAUCUCUGCAGCAAGCCACAGAGAUUUGAAGCCUGAGAACUUGUUGUUAGACGAGAAGAACAACAUCAGGAUAGCAGACUUUGGCAUGGCGUCUCUGCAGGUCGGGGACAGUCUGCUGGAGACCAGCUGUGGAUCUCCGCACUACGCCUGCCCAGAGGUUAUCAGGGGAGAGAAGUAUGACGGGAGGAAAGCAGAUGCAUGGAGCUGUGGAGUUAUCCUGUUUGCACUUUUAGUGGGCGCCCUGCCUUUUGACGAUGACAACCUGAGGAAUCUUUUGGAGAAGGUGAAGCUGGGAGUCUUCCACAUGCCUCACUUCAUCCCUCCAGAUUGUCAGAACCUUCUGCGCGGUAUGAUCGAGGUGGAUGCCGGCAAAAGGUUCACGUUGGAGCAGAUCCAGAAGCACACGUGGUACCUAGCUGGAAAGAAUGAGCCUGAGCCCGAGCAGCCUGUCCCCAGGAAGGUGGCCAUCAGGAUGCUCUCUGCGACCGAGGAGAUCGACCCAGACGUCCUGGAGAGCAUGCACUCGCUGGGCUGCUUCCGAGACAAGGAGAAACUGGCCAAAGACCUGCUGUCUGAGGAUGACAACCAGGAAAAGAUGAUCUACUUCCUGCUGCUGGACCGUAAGGAGAGGUAUCCCAGCCAGGAGGACCAGAACCUGCCGCCACGCAAUGAGAUUGACCCUCCAAGGAAGCGCGUGGACUCUCCCAUGCUGAGCCGUCACGGCAAACGGAGACCGGAGAGGAAGUCCAUGGAGGUGCUGAGUGUCACAGAGGGAGGGUCUCCCGUACCGGUGCGACGAGCCAUCGACAUGGCAACCCACGGUCAGAGAUCGCGGUCGAUCAGCGGCGCGUCCUCCGGUCUGUCCACCAGUCCUCUCAGCAGUCCAAGGCCCAACCGGCGGUUUUUCAUCCCACCCCAGUCCCCAGACCUGUGUCAGUCUCCCAACUGUAGCCCCACCCACUCCCCCGAGGUCCGCCUUAACGGGGUGGGGCCACGAACACCCAACUCCUACCAUCCAAAGAUGGGGUCCCCCCUCAUGCACCCCCGCACACAGACCCUUCCCGCCAAGCCCAAAAUGUCCGAGAAGCCCCUGCAGACCACCAGGUCCAACCCUCUCCCCAACACAGCCCAGACCCCCUCCACCCCCAAAUCUGAGCCCUCCACGCCUUGCCAGCCUCUGGCUCCCUGCAUCCCCAACAGCCCCCGGGUGAGACGCCACCCUCCCCUCACAGUCCCCCCCAAGCUCUCCAUCCCCCUCUCCCCCGUGCCUCCUAUGUCGCCCCGCCGGCGCCACCUCCACCUCCACCCUGACCACAACGGCAAAUCUGUCCCCAUCACGCAGGUGACCCCCCACCCCUCCCCCAGAGGGAGCCCUCUCCCCACCCCCAAAGGCACCCCGGUGCACACGCCCAAGGACAGCCCGGCUGGCACGCCCAGUCCGACGCCGCCACCCAGCCCCUCCAUCGGGGGAAUGCCCUGGAGGACACGCCUCAACUCCAUCAAGAACAGCUUCCUGGGCUCGCCACGGUUCCACCGCAGGAAAAUGCAAGUUCCCACCCAGGAGGACAUGUCCAGUCUAACUCCAGACUCUUCUCCAGAACUGGCUAAGAAGUCUUGGUUCGGUAACUUCAUCAACCUGGAGAAGGAGGAGCAGAUCUUCAUUGUGAUCCGAGACAAACCUCUCAGCUCCAUAAAGGCGGACAUCGUCCAUGCCUUCCUCUCCAUCCCCAGUCUGAGCCACAGCGUCAUCUCUCAGACCAGUUUCCGGGCGGAGUACAAGUCCACAGCCGGUCCGACGGUUUUCCAGAAGCCAGUGAAGUUCCAGGUGGACAUCACCUACACCGAGAGCACCAGCGCCACCAAGGACAACGGCAUCUACUCCGUCACCUUCACCCUGCUCUCAGGUCCCAGUCGACGUUUCAAGCGCGUGGUGGAGACCAUCCAGGCCCAGCUGCUCAGCUCCGACCAGCCCGGCAUCCAGCCCCAGAUAUCUGGCAGCCCGUUGAGUAACUUCUUUGACGUAAUUAAACAGCUUUUUUCAGACGAGAAGAACAUCCAGGCGUCUCACUCCCCUGGCGCCCCCGCCACGCCUAGCUCCCCUGCCAAGCAUGCCCCCAGCAGCAAGCCCAGCCAGCCCCCGCCCAAUGACUCUAAAUGCCCCCCAGGCAAAGACAAAACAAAGAUGGCCGCCAGCAACAGGACACAGGAACAACCUUAAGGAGCGGUAGCUGUGCAUGACUAGAUGAAAGCAGUUAUCAGGUCACUAAACAAGAGAACGACAGAGGAGAGCUGCCAACUUAGCCCUUUAGUUCGGAGUGAAAACAAAAAAAGAAAUCUACUUUUUGCCUAUACAUUUUGUACUCUAUAAUGGGAAUGGCUAUUUCAGUUUAAAAGUUGAUCAGUAUUUUACAGUAAGUAGCAAAUGUAGCUUUGUUGUCCCUACCUUCUGUCCCUCUCUGCGUCCUCGGGGGUCUUUCAGUGGGUGUGUGUCCUCCUCACAUGUGUGAUGGCUUGACUUGUCUCUGCCACCAGGGAUCAUCCAUAAUAGCUAUUAACCUCCUCGAGACCGGCCGACAGCGGCCCGCUCGCGGCAUGCCGCCACCGAGAGUCCGAAACAGAAGAAAAGACAGAGGACCCCUUCCCUUUGUCACUUCACUUCCUCCCCCCCUCUUCAAAUCCUUUCUCCAGCUGCAUCCGUAGAGUCCACUUCUCCCCGCCACAAGACCAAACCGACACAUCUCAGAAGAGUUGUAAAAAGAAAAAAAAAGCCUUAAGACAGUGAUGUUUGUCUACACAUACAUCCCCCCUCUUCUUUUGUCUUUCUUCUAUUUCUCCCACAUGUACAUAAAAUAAAAUAAAAAAAACACACAUACUGUAUGUACUCAACACAAACAUGACUUCUUUGCGGGAUGUAAUGACUUGCACACGCUGACAAACAGGAAGCAGGAGCGGUGGAAGAAGAAGCGGAGACGGACGGGCGAACGCUGGCUGGAUUGUAAUUCUUUUUAAUGUUGUCUUUCUUUGUGAACGGCAGGAUUUCUGAGCUCUCUCUGUGACGUUUCUGUAAAUGGGUUCCUGCAGAUAAAAGGCUGCCCAUAAAAGUAUGAUAAAGGGGGCGGGAGGGGAGGUGAUAUUAACAUAAAUGAAUGAUCUAUUCUGUUGUACAGAUUAAAUAAUGUUACGUAUGUACAAAAAGUGUAGUUGUGACAUUAUGUUUUAGAGUUGUUUCCAUAUUUUGUUUUGUAUUCCUGUAAACGGCCUGGUCACACCGGCGUUUAACACGGCGAGUUUUCACAGAGAAAUCAAUUCAUUCCAGAGAAAUCGCUGCAAGCUUGAGGCGCAGUAAAUUCGUGCAAAUAUUUUCAUUCAACUUUGGUGAACACACACAUUUGCGUUGUUGACCAAAAGCAAGCCGUCUCUCGACAGCACUGAGCUUUGAGGAAACAGAGCUUGAAGAGUCCAAAAUGGAGGAAGCUAUCGUAGCUUGUUAGCUGGAACGUCACCAUCAACCUUUAUUUAAGCUCCUUAGUUGGGAGUACACAACAACAACAGGAAUUGUUUGUAGGCAGGAGGCGAUGGUACAAAUACGUCCUUUUAAAAACAGCUCAGUACAAAAAAAAUAAGAAAGAUCCUCAAAUGUAAUGCGGAUAAUGUGACCGAAUAACGCUCACAUGUUCCAGCGGGCUAGCAUGUUUGUGGUUAUCUCCCCAGCUUCCUCUGAGUUAUUAAGCCUCUAGAAGAAUAGAGAGCCAAUUUCGCCCCACGGGACGUUAUUUUGGAAAAAGUAUGUAUUUUGUUUGAAAGACUGUCGUAAAACAGUAAAGUAGCAUUUAGGUUUGUGUGAAACCGCUCAAUGAACUACAUUUCUCGUCUUGCCAAAUAUACUAGGUAACAAGCUGGGACUACUGACGUUAGCUUCAGUCACUGAGAGAAACAGUUAUGACGUCACAAACGUGACUUUUGGGCUUGUGGUCUGUGUAAUUACGUAUUUUCAGUUUUAUGACAAACUGCUACUUUCUUGACUUUCAAAUUGACAAACGUAUGUAAAAUUCAGGGCCCAAUUUAAGAGAAUUUUAGCUAUGACUGAAGCUAAUGUGAAAGAGCUUCCGUGUGUAGAUGAUGUGAUGAAAGGACCAGAAAUCCUUGGAUUAAACACAUCGGGUGAGAUACAUCUGUGCGUGGUUCCUAGCUAGUAGCAAGCUAGCAAUGAACGUUAGCUUAGCAUUAUAGAGAUAACAUGUUGGUGACAUAUGUUGUGUGAGACGAGAGCUGUUUUUCACACAAAACUAAAUGUUACUUUACUGUUUUACGACAAACUGAGACUCUCUUGACUUUAAUUAUCUUUUAAAUUGACAAACGUGUGAAGUUCAGGGCGGAAUUCAAACAGAAUUUAAAAGAGUCUCUCGCCGUUGACUACCAUACAUAUUUUUUUCCAAAGUAACGUCCCAUGGAGGUCCGCGGACUUAGGUUCUCUAUAUAUUUCACAAAGAUCCAGAUUAAUUUCGCCGUGCCACUUUCUGGUGUGACCAGACCGUACAAGUCUCCUUUUCCUUUUGCACUUUUGAAAAGUGAAUCAGAUUUGGGUUCAGUUACACCAUGUCAGGGCAUUUUUUAUUAUAAUUUCUACAAUAUUGAACUGCUGUGUAUAUAUUUUUGUACUUUAUUGUAUUGUCAUUUUUUUGUUAUUAAUUUAUUCUCAGUUAUUUAUAAGAAAGAUGUAGAGAAUGUUUUCUUAAGGGUCAAAUUAUUUAAGGAUAUUUUUGCCAUGUUUAAGUUAUUUUAACAGCGAGAAAAAUCUCGUUUGUGAGCAUUCGUUUCCUUUUUCCCGGCUUUUUUGACGAGAGAAACCUUGUAAUAUACGUUUUUGAAAAAUUAUUUACCGUAAUUUAAGAAUGUAGACGUAGCCUCUUUGAGAGGAACAAACCCUUUUGUUGAUAAUUGUCGGCUCCUUCUCCCCCAUCGUGUGUAUGAUGACUCAGAUCUCACCAAACACUCUGUAAAUAAGCCGAGUUUACUGACAAGCUUAUUUAAAAAACCAAGGGGACUCCUAAUCUUAGCUUUGACCUCGUACGGUUGUUUGCAUGUUCAGCAUUCGUCUUUUCUUUGCAUGUUGUUGUUGGAAUUGUUCUCCUGUUCCCUUUUUCUCUCUCCAAACUUAUUUAUGUAUUUAUGUUCUUUAUGUGCAUUUGUUUUAAUUUGCCUUUUGAUUUUUUAUUUUAUUUAAUAUUUUCCCGCCGUCCUCUUCCUCCUUUUUGAUUACUGUCUACACACAGUAACCGUGCAACGCAUCCUCCUUACUCAUUCUCUCAAAGAGGGACCUCUCUGGCGAUCGGAUCGCUCACCAGCUGGGUGGGUGUUGGGUUAUCAGAGAGAAAAAUUAAAGCAAUACCUUUCAUUGUUCGCUUUCCUCUUUUUCUACUGGGGGAAUCCAGAGCACACAGAUUGGACUCGGAGCACGGAGCGCUACUACUGAGCAGGAUAACCACUGGCAAUGUAUUCCCUUGUGAUGUUACUGUGAACAACUUCAGUGCUAAAGGAAAUAAAUCUGUUGACUUUG